CAGCUGACAUCGCUGACAUUGCCAGCUGAUUUUCCCAUAACCUCGUUGAUUUUCCUUAAAAUUUAAUGUUUUUUCGCCGGCAAUGUGAGUGUUUUACAUAGUUUUAUAUUAAUAAAAAAAUGGUGUCGUGUGCGAUACGCGCAUGUAAUAACAGGAAAGGUAUCCACUCGAAGAAACACACCGGAAUAACAUUUCACAGAUUUCCAAAGAAUCCAAACACUAUUGAUAUAUGGACCCGUUUUGUAAACAGAGGUAAUUGGAAACCAACUAAAUAUAGUGUCUUAUGCUCAAAACAUUUUGAGGCUAAAUACUUUGAUAAAGGCUCAGACGUUGUUGUUCGUUUGAGAUAUGAUGCUAUUCCAACAUUAAAGUCAGCAGGUCAGAAGUAUGCCGAGAAUCUGCAUUCUGUAGUCCCACCAAACCUUGUAAAUCCACCUCGUCAAGACGUUUCAUUACUUAGUUCAUCUUUUGAAAAUUAUGAAGAACAACCAACAUCUUCUGGAAAUUGUGAAGAACAACCUACAUCUUACGGAAUUUGUGAAGAACAACCGCCAUCUUCUGAAAAUUGUGAAGAACGACCGACGGAUAUUUCUGAGCCUUCAAGUUCAUCAAAACCUACCAAUGUUUCAUCUUUGUAUAUGGAUUGUUUGAUGACUUAUAAUGAGCGAAAACUAAGGGAUAAACUUGACAGGGUGAGGCUUGUCAGCGCUAAUAGAAGAAGGCAUAUACAAAAUCUACAAAAAAAACUGAGGCGUAGAGAGAAACGUAAGGAAAAAGAAAAAACCAAGAACGAAAACAUCGUAUUGACGUUUUCUGCCUUGCAAGGCUCUUUAAUAAAGGAUAAUGAAAAUGUGUCGGAAAACUAUGCCGUAAGCUCAGCAGAUCCGGAAAAACAAGUAGAAUGGUCUAAUGUCGAAGCUGUAUGUAGGGGUUGUCUCCAUAUCAAAGAUCUAAAGAAUAUGAAGGAAACUAUGGUCGGUGAUUUGAAUGCUAUUCGGGUGUACGAGAUUAUCACUAAAAAACAGUUGAAUAUGCGGAUUCCCGCAAUGAUGUGUUUGGAGUGUGUCGAGAAAUUGUCAAAAACUCAUAAAUUUCUAUUGAUGCUCGAAAGCUCGAAUAAAGUGUUGGAGAAUGCCUUAAAUGAAAUAACGAACUUAAAGAACGACAUUAAGGAGGAGCUGGAAGAUGAACAAUUAAAUGAAGAUCAGUUUUUAUUGGAUUGCAGCGAUGCCGGCGAUGAAGAGUCUUCAAAUGAUGAAGUACCACUGUCCGAAAGGUUUAAGUCAGCUAUGGGUGAAGCAGAAAGUUUUAAAAAUUAUGUUAGUGAAAUGGUUGUUGUAUCUGCAAUAUGUCAGAUAUGUUCGAAAACAGUAAUUGAUUUAAAUAAACAUAUUAUUGAAAAUCAUCAGUUAGAUAAGCCCGAAGGUAUAAACGAUCCAAUUGAGAGUGUAAAUCCUCGAAAAACUAAAGGAGUUCAUAAAAGACACAUUAUUGAUGAAGACGAGGAAGAUGUAGGGAUAAACUUUGAAAAGAUUUUGAAAUAUGACAAAGAAAAAGUUAAAAAAUUAAGAUCUAAGUUACUAACCAUAAAAGAUUCAAGAAAAUUAUUGCCCGAUAUUAAGAGAAAGGUUACAAUAUAUCGAUGUAAAUACUGUAUUCAUUUAGAAUUUCAUGGUUAUAAGGAUAUCGAAAUACAUUUUAAGGAACAACAUCCUACAGAUAAGACCUGUAUCAUUUGCGAACAAGAAUUUUCUUGUUUUUUGAACGCUUUGUACCAUAUGAUGAAGAAACAUGGAAAAAUUAAAUGUUGUCGACUAUGUCUUGUGAGUUUCAAGACCAACGACCAGCUAAUGGAACAUUACAAGUCCGACGAGCAUAACAAAAAAUGCAAAAUUUGUAAUAGAGAGUUUAAAAACCGAAAAAUGUUAUACGAUCAUCGAAGGAAAUACCAUCUCAACCCAGAAUUGAUAAAUAAGAAAUAUAAAUGUCCAAAAUGUCCGAAAGAAUUUGCAAAUCACAACAAUAUCAGGCGACACAUUUUAUGCUUCCACAAUAUGGUUCGGUAUUUGUGCGAUACUUGUGGUCAAAGCUAUACGACAAAUCGAAAUUUAAGAUUCCACAUACUGAAAUUCCACCAAGGUCAGGAGGUGGAAGUGAAAACCACGAGGAAAAACUACUUUUGCGAGACUUGCGGUCGUGAAUUGAAGAUUUUCCACAAAUAUGCCAUUGCUCAACACACGGCUAAACACAAAGGACACAACUACGUUUGCAGAAGAUGUCACGAAUCUUUUGAAACUGAGCAAGAAUUUGAAGCGCACGUGGAACAAGAAGGACAUCAGUUGCUUAAAUGUCCUCACUGUAACGCGGAGUUUGUGAGAGAAGAAAGCUUUAACACCCACUUGAAGAACCACGAUGCGCCUGGAUGGAAUAAGAACUAUUUCGUUCGUUACAAUAAAAAAACCAGCCAGAGCAGAAAUCUAAAUGGUGAAUUUGAGUGCAGCUACUGUUCAAAGUCCUUUAAAAUUAAACAGAGAUUGGAUAACCAUAUCAGAGUACACACAAACGAGAGACCUUACAAGUGCGACUACUGUUCGAAGGCUUUCAAAACAUGGAUACACCGAAAAACGCAUCUCGCUGUUCAUUUAGGUAUAAAGAACUAUCAAUGUCGUUUCUGCUCGAAAGCCUUUACAUAUGCCAGCACAUUAAGAGGCCACGAAAUGAUACACACGGGUGAAAGACCAAGCACGUGCCCGGAAUGCAAAAAAGGCUUUAUAUCGACGUCGGCUAUGAAGAAACAUCUGAUGACGCAUUUCCGCGGAAGACACGCGAACAAGAGUGCAGUGUUAGACAUUCAAAAGAAGGAAGAGCCAGAUAUGGAAAUAUCAUAUAUAGAUAAUGAAAUAUACAUGGAAAGUGGUACAAAUGAAAAACAAUUCGUGAAGAAAAAUCAAGUGUGAAUAAAAUUAUACAUUCCUAUUUUAGGCAACUUAAAAUGGAUUGCUUUUUUAAGUUGUCAUUUUGUUGUAAAAAAUGUAGAUUUUAGGUUAUUUUUUAAAACCUUUUUUUAUGUAGUAUACAAUGAAAUUAGUAUAUACUGAGUGACACACCUCACAACCUAUUUACAGGUUUUUCAGUCUAAAAAAGAUGCGAUUCCUCAUAUUGUCAGUGAAACGUGUUAACCUGUUAACCUGCUAACUCUUUUACGUUAAUUAAAUAAUAGUACGUUUAAUACAUAAUUUUUAACGAA